AUGGUACACCUUGUGGCUGUACCAGAGACAAUCACGGCAAGUGGCUGUGCUUGUGUCUUUAUUGACACCAUCUUCCGACUUCAUGGGUUGCCCCGUGAACUCGUAUCAGACAGAGAUCCACGAUUCACUGCUGAUUUCUGGCGUUCCGUGUUCAAAUCACUCGGAACGCGCUUGAAGAUGUCAACAUCUGAUCAUCCAGAGUCAGAUGGUCAGACGGAACGUGCCAAUCGUGUCCUUGAAGAGAUACUUCGAGGAUACGUCCACUCCUUUAAGAGUUGGAGUGAGUUUUUGCCGAUGGUAGAGUUUGCCAUCAACAACUCGGUGCAUGCGUCCACGACACAUACACCGUUUUACGUGAAUGGCUUGCGCCAUCCGCGUGUACCCACCUUACUAGAGUGUAACUCUGGUUUAAGGGGGGGAGGGACUCGCGCGAGCAAAAACCGAUUUGGUUCACGCUCAUCACGCUCUGACGAAGAAGUCAUUGCGUUUGAUGCCGAUAUCGAUAACAUCGAUAUCGAAGAAGAUGAUGCCAGUGAGAGUGCGGAAGCCCUCACUGAAGACAAUGAUCCCAGUGAGAGUGCGGAAGCCCUCACUGAAGAAAAGGUUGUUGUCGCUGCAUUGCGCUCACAGCACACUGAAGCUAACGAGUCAUCAGAUGAGUUCAUACUGGCUCGUGAAACGGUAGUCCGAUUUGUGUAA